ACUCACGCACAGAGGGCCCUUGAAUGACAUUACCUGAAUAACCGUAUUGGAAGGAAGACUGUGCUCCCUCAGGCAAUGGAGAGCAGAAUCAGACCGCUUGGCCUCGUCGCGAACCCGCUCGGUGGCUUGCAGGUGCCCCCUUCCCUCAUGCGCCCUCCGCCUCUCUUCCUCCGGGCUUGUAAUCCAACACUGGAGAGGGGAUACCCGCGCACCCCGAAGUGCGCCAGAUGCAGGAACCACGGCGUAGUGUCCGCGCUCAAGGGCCACAAGCGCUUCUGCCGCUGGAGAGAUUGCGUGUGCGCAAAGUGCACCCUCAUUGCGGAGCGGCAGCGGGUGAUGGCCGCGCAGGUGGCGCUGAGGAGGCAGCAAGCCCAGGAGGAGAGCGAGGCCCGGGAGCUGAGGCUCUUGUACUCCGGUCCAGGGAUCGGAGGGGAAGCGGGGAUCCCUCAGGGGUCACCUGUGGGCCCCGGGGUGCCUGCGACAACCAGCAACACUCCAGCUGCUCCCAGUUUUGAUGUUUUUGGAACAGAGAUGCAAAAGGAUGAUGACAAACUUGGCAAAUACAACUUUUACAACGGAUUCAUGGGUCGACCCCUCUUUGCACCCCACUCCACACGGCUGCCCUCCCCAAGUGCCAAGGAGUUGUCUCCAGGCAAAGACACAAGCACGGCCGCUUCAUUCAUCGAGGACAGUGCGAGUCCAUCCCCGGUGUUCGAUCAGCGCUCAGACCACACAGAGAGCCCGCAGAGAUCACUCUCCUCCUCGGACCCCGAGUCAGGGAGCGAGACGGACAAAUCCCGGGACAUAUACCCGAGCCUGGAGCGCAACCCCACCGACAUCAUGGCUAAGAUUUUCCCGCAUCAGAAGCGGGACACACUGGAGUCUAUGGUGAGAACGUGCAAAGGUGACAUUGUCAAAUCCAUCGAGCUGGUGUUGAGCUCCAAAGAAAACAAGAUCGACUCAGACAGCUCGUCUGUGUCUAAUCACCCAAACUCGCUCAGGCCUUCAGUGGGACUGCCCGGAGCGCUCGGUGCAAUGGGGAACAAAUCCGCCUUCUCCCCGCUCCACAUAGCACCUCCGGCCGCCGGGGGAGAGAGCAUGUACGGCCUCAGCCCUCGCCUCGGCCUCAGCCCUUUACGGCUGGCCUACUCCUCUGCAGGUUUCGUGUCACCGUACAUGACAUCAGGACUGAUGCCAGUGUUUCCACUGCGUCCGCCCCUGGACUCGUAUUCUUUCCCAGGCAUGUUCCGUGACCUUUCCUACCUGCAGAGCAAAGAGUCUCUGUGCAACACAGGCCUGUACGCACGACUGAACAGUGAAAAAUGACAGUAAUAAUAAAAACACAUGAAAAUGUUUAUUUUUUUAGUUUAUGAUAUUCUAAAGCGUCUUUCUGAUGUACUUUUUACAAGAGCCUCCACUUACAGAAAACUAUGCGUCCUGACAAUUCCGUUUUUAUUUUGUAAAUGUUGUCAAA